CACGUGACCGUCAUGUGACCCCAGACAGCCGCAUGAUCAGGAAGUGAACCUGUUUAUUUACAAAAUGGUGCUGAUAUCCUCGCGUUAGAUGUAUGACUGCAAAUGGCUUGAGUGGGAAAACUAAUGAACCUAUAACUAAUGAGGAUUAUUUACAGCCAGGUGACUUACAGUAUGAGGGGAGCAGAUCUGCUUAUUGUGAUAGUUCUUUUAACGGGGACAAUCACACACAUCAGAGCAGGCAGUGAUGAGUGCAAGAUGAGGUCCUUUGGCCAGAGCUCAGUAGUGUGUGAGUGUAAUGCUACAUACUGCGACUCAGUUGGUCAUGUCAGCUUGCCUCCUGUGGGCCACUUCCUGUCGUUCCUGAGCAGCAAGGCGGGUCAGAGACUUCAGAGGGAACAGGGUCAAGUGCAGAAGAACAGUACUGGAGCAGCUCUCAGGAUCACUCUGGUCCCCACAGAAAAGUACCAGCGUGUUAAGGGCUUUGGAGGAGCCAUGACGGAUGCAGCUGCCAUGAACAUUCUCUUUCUGUCGACGGGAGCGCAGAACCAGCUGCUCAGACAGUACUUCUCCCCAGAGGGUAUAGAGUACAACAUGGUCCGAGUCCCGAUGGCCAGUUGUGACUUUUCGACUCGUUUGUAUACGUACGCCGACUCGCCUGACGACUACACCUUGCUCAACUUUAGCCUGGCUGAAGAAGACACGCGCAUGAAGAUACCUCUGCUGCAGCGGGCACAAGCCCUGUCUGCUCGCCCGCUAUCCCUGUUUGCUACUGCCUGGAGCUCCCCGGCUUGGUUGAAGACCAGUGGUGCACUCAUAGGGAAAGGCUCGCUUAAAGGAAAGCCUGGGGGCAAAGAGUAUAAAACCUGGGCACAGUACUAUAUCAGAUUUCUGGAAGAGUAUGAGAAGCAUAAUCUCUCAUUCUGGGGGUUGACCACAGGAAAUGAACCCACUGCGGGUGAAUUGACCAAUUACAGUUUCCAGGCUCUGGGUUUCACUCCUGAGCUCCAGCGUGAUUGGAUUGCCAUGGACCUUGGUCCUGCUCUCCAUUCAUCCCCAUAUGCCAAAACCCGCCUUAUGAUCCUGGAUGACAACAGACUCCUGCUUCCUCACUGGGCCAAAGUGGUUCUGAGUGACAUUCAUGCUUCUCGAUAUGUUCAUGGCAUUGGUGUUCACUGGUACUGGGAUCAUCUCGUUCCUGCCAAAAUCUCACUGACGGCCACACAUGAACUCUACCCAGAGUACUUCAUUUUGGGCACAGAGGCGUGUCCUGGGUGGAGCAGUCUUGACCAUGGGGUGCGGUUGGGCAGCUGGGAAAGAGCUGAAGAUUACGCCCAUGACAUUGUAGAGGACCUAAAUAACUAUGUGACCGGUUGGACAGACUGGAAUUUAGCACUAGAUAUGAGUGGUGGACCAAACUGGGUCAAGAAUUUUGUGGACAGUCCCAUUAUCGUGGACCGGACCAAAGACGUCUUCUACAAGCAGCCGACAUUCUACAGCAUGGCCCACUUCAGCAAGUUCCUGUGGGAGGGGUCUCAGAGAAUUGGUGUGUCCGUUUCUGAACACACUUCACUAGAAAGUUGUGCCUUCGUCAGACCUGAUGGUUCAGUAGUGCUGAUCAUUUUAAAUAGGUCUGAUGCUGAGGUGGGUUUUGAAGUCUGGGACCAGACCCUGGGCUUUCUGCCUGCAAGCAUGCCUCCUCACUCCAUCCUCACACUACUGUGGGCCACAUACUAAUUUCCAGUAUUGAUCUACAGCUUUAUGCUACAAUCGGUUUGCAUCCCCUCACAGAGUCAUGCAGGUGUGAACGGAAGAAGGGACAUCUGGAUAUUUCAGAGAUUAUGCAAAUAAUCAUACUUAAAAUCAGUUCUAACCAAACUAACAUGUAGUAAACAGUGCAUGUGGGCUAGUUGUCAGGAAUCCAGUCCACUAACAGUAGUUUGAGUGACACGUAGCACGGAAAAAAACUUUUGUCUUGACAACUUUUUUGGGGUUUUUUUUGAGGUCACAAUGAAAUCAAGGGACUGAUCUUGGGACUGAAAAUGAAUAAUGAUGACCGCUUCAGCCUGUUUUGAUUCAGAAAAAAAUUAUUCUGGAGAUUUAAGGUACUGAGAGACUUAUCUUUUCAAUAAAAAAAAAAAGUGUUGUGUGUAAGUGUGAAAGAGAGAAGCUUUGUGGAAGCUUUAAUACGUACAAUUUGUGAUUAACACUAAGAAAUUGCAGAUGAUUUACAGUGACUUGAAACUUCAACAUGUGCUUGACCUGCUUUUAAUGUGAUCAUUUGGUAGACAGUUUGAAGCAAUGUGUACAGAACUGGAUGGAAACACUUCCAGGAGGUUUUGACAGUAAAGGCUGCUAUUAUCUUGAGAAGACAGCAUUGGUUUUCGGAGUCUUGUGACGGGUUUAUAAACGCAUAUGCAUGACAGACAUCUCGGCCAGAGGAAUGUAAGAGGCUACAGUUCAAAUACAAAACAACAGUAACCUUUUUUUGAUCCACGUCUGACUUUCAUUACAUGAAUUUCAUUCAACGUUGUUAUCACAGCUAAAAUCGGUAUUGCUUCUCGAUCGUACACAAGCGCCAUGACCUCGUGUAUAACCAAUGGCAAAUUUUCAGGCUGAAAAUGUGGAAAAUUGGUUAUUUAUGUAUUAACUGUUCACUAAAACGAAUAUUAAAAUGCACCAAAAUGAGUUAGAAAAAAAAAAAAAACAA